AUGAUUAAUUAUGUAAAUUCUUAAGAUCUCAUAUUAAUUGUUCCAAUUUGUAAUUUAUAAUUAAAUAAUAUUGUUUUGAGUUAAUGUCAUGAAUUGUUAAAUGGUGAAUUAAUAAUCUUAUCAGCAUCCUUAUUUUUUAUGGAUAAUGUAUAUCAAUUGAUGCUUUAAAAUUUCAAAAUUAAUUAUUUUGCUAUGUCACAACCAUUUAUUUAAUUAAAUUAAGGAUCUAAUAUUUAUUUAAAUAAUCUUAAAAUUACAAGUUUUAAAUUGCAUUAAUAAGUUCAAAUAACAGAUAAAACUUUAUUAAUUGUUAAUAUUCUUACAAUAUCAAAUUCAUAAUUUUCCUCAUCUAUAACAUCUGUGAAUUAAUUAUUUUAAUAUUUUAACUUGAUGCUCAAGAUAUUACUAUUAAUGGUAAUUAAUUUUGUAGUACAAUCUUUAAUAUUAUACUUAUAAAAUCCUUAUAAUCUAUUAUAAUUAGAUUUAAUAAUAUAGUUAUUUAAGAUAAUAGUAUUUCAACUUAUAAAAUGCAGCAAUUCUCAAUUAAUAACUAAUAUUUAUUCUAUUAAUCAAAAAUUAAGUCUAAUUUUUUAACAAUAUCUAUUAAUUAGAUAUAUAUUAUGCUUUAAAUUUUCUUUUGGAGAUACUAUUCAUGCUUUACAUUUAAUUUUUGAUCAUAGUUCUUUCAUUACAUAAAACACUUGA